AUGGUCCACGGAACAAGUUCUCUAGACAAACUGUACGCGUCGGUACUCGCUCGUCGUGGCGAUCAGGGGCGUCUGCGUCGUCUCACCAUCACACCACCGGGCACUGUUGACUUUUCCUCCAACAGCUACCUGUCACUUUCGACAAACGCAGACAUAAAAUGUGCCUACCUUGACAAGAUCGAAUCGACGACCGAGGGAGAACUCGCCUUGGGGCCCGGCGGCUCACGGCUGCUGGAUGGGAACAGCGUCGCUGCCGAGUCGCUGGAACGUGCCAUUGCGGCUUUUCACCGCGCGCCGGCGGGGUUGCUCUUUAACUCUGGCUACGAGACCAACACGGGGCUCUUUAGUUGUGCAGCCCAGCCGGGCGAUGUCCUUGUGUACGAUGAGCUCAUCCAUGCGAGCGUGCACGACGGGAUGAGACUGAGCAAGGGCCGAAGGAUGCCGUUUGUGCAUAACUGUGUGAAAGACGAUAUUCCAGAUACAGGCCCCGCCAAGAUGAUCAAGGGCCUGGAUGAUGUGCUUGCGGAGCUUGUCCGCGGUGAGGAUGGCGAAAACUUCAGAAACGGACAGGCCAACGUGUUUGUGGCCGUCGAGAGCGUGUACAGCAUGGAUGGGGAUCUUGCCCCACUCGCGGAAAUUGUCGAGUGCGUCGAGGGGAGGUUUCCCAACCGGAAUGGGCACAUUAUAGUCGAUGAAGCCCAUGCCACAGGCUGGCUAGGGGACCGCGGACGAGGGCUUGUCUCUGAUCUGGGCUUGGAAGAUCGCGUGUGGGCAAGGGUGCACACAUUUGGCAAGGCUAUGGGAUGCAAUGGAGCCAUCGUUCUUUGCUCACCGACCGUCCGGGAGUAUCUCAUCAAUUAUGCCCGCAGCCUCAUCUACACAACGGCCAUGGCGUAUCCGCUUCUCGCCGCCAUCGGGACUGCCUACGAGUACUUGGCAGAUCAGAUUUGA